GUUCUCGACGAAGUGGUUGACCGAAGAGCUGGAACGAACUUCAAACAGAUUGCAGGGUUGGAUGGCACCAAGCAAGUUCUUCAGGAAGCAUUGGUCUUUCCUUCCCUUCGACCGGAUCUCUUCAAGGGCAUCCGAGCUCCUCCAAGAGGGGUUCUUCUCUUCGGCCCUCCCGGGAAUGGGAAGACGUUGCUGGCCAAGGCUGUUGCAAGUGAAAUGAACUGUACAUUCUUUCACCUGUCCACCUCCUUGAUUCAACAGAAGUAUGUUGGAGAUUCGGAGAAGGUUGUUAGAACCGUUUUUACGCUGGCAGAGCAAAUGCAGCCUUCCGUCAUAUUCUUUGACGAAGUAGAUGGUAUCCUGCUGGCAAGAAGGGGAAAUGAUGCUUCGUGGGUCAGGAGCCUGAAAAGUGAAUUACUCACUCGGAUGGAUGGAUUUGAAACAAACCACGAUGCGCGGUUGCUUGUGAUCGGAGCUACAAACCGACCACAGGAGCUUGACGACGCUGCCAUCCGUCGCUUCACUAGGAGGUUUUAUAUCCCGCUACCAGACAUGGAG